UAACUGUCAAUGUCAACCAACUGAUUUAAUAGAUUUUUUAUAUUAUUAAUCCCAAUCAAUAAGAAUUUCUUGACUUUAAAAGGGAGAAAACUUAUUGUAUUAUUGUUUAGACAUCAAAACAACCUAGAAAUAAGGCUUCAGCGUUUGAAAAUAAUCGUUGCGUAAAAGUUAAAAGGUAUGGUGAAUCUGGUCGAUACACUUAUGAUAAAUACGGUGACGGAGGGAGCUAUGAAUAUUUUACGAAAUAUUGGAGUGUUUAAAAGUAAAUCUAUAGAAUCACCACCGCCCACCAUAAUCAUUAAAAUGCCACUAUGGGAAUUAGCACAACAGGCUGGACCCUUUGUAAGGAUAGCUGGCUUAAGUGGAGCUGCAGCUGUUGUUCUAGGUGCAAUGGGGGCACAUCGAACUUUCUCAGAAACUGAGACUAAGGAAGACUUAAAGAAGAUAUUUGAAACUGCCAACAGAUUUCACUUUCUGCAUACUUUAGCCUUAAUGACAGUCCCUUUGUGUAGGAGACCUUACAUUGCUGGUUCUUUCUUCAUUGCUGGCAUGGGACUCUUUUGCGGCACAUGUUAUUAUCACGCAUUUACAGGAGAGCGUGCACUUAGAAGACUCACACCCAUUGGAGGUUCCUGUUUAAUUCUUGGCUGGCUGGCUAUGGUAUUGUAAAAUAGCUAAAGCUAAUUUAUCAAUCUUUCGAUUUGUAGUAAUUUUCAUUCCUCAUGUGUUUUGGGUAUAGGGCAUAAAAAUAUAGCUUCAAUGUUUUUAUUGUAAUAACAAAUAUUUAAUGUUAGUAAUUUAGUUGUUAAAUGUAGAGUAAGUUUUAACUAUGUUUUAGAAAAAAAAUGUUUUUCACAUCACAUUUCUUAAUGAUGAAGAAGAUAGAAAUUGUUUUUCAGUUUGAUAUUGUAUCU